ACAAAUUGGUAAUGGUGCAGCUUGCAUUUCAAUUUAUGAAAAAUUAGUAGGGUUUCUAUAUGCAUCAAUAUAAUACAAGCUGCAGCUGCUGCUGCUGCAAUUGAACUUCAAAAAUGGGGGAAGAGCAAGGGAAGAAGGUUCUGGAGGAAGGAUGGUUGGCUGCUCGAUCUACUGAUGUUGAACUCACCGGAAUACAGCUGACGACUACUCAUCCUCCUUCUUCCGACGCUUCUCCUUGGAUGCCUGCUGUUAUUCCCGGAACUGUUUUAGCAACCCUUGUAAAGAACAACCUCAUUCCAGAUCCUUUCUAUGGGUUGAAGAAUGAAGCAAUUAUGGACAUUGGUGAUUCAGGGAGGGAAUACUACACCUUCUGGUUUUUCACAACAUUUCAGUGUAAACUGUCAAGUGAUCAGCAUGUUGAUCUGAAUUUUCGAGGAAUCAAUUACUCUGCUGAUGUAUACUUGAAUGGACACCAAACCGUCUUGCCAAAGGGGAUGUUUCGUAGGCAUUCAGUUGAUGUGACUGAUAUUCUUCAUCCUGAUGGUGAAAAUAUGCUUGCAGUUCUGGUUCACCCGCCUGAUCAUCCUGGUACCAUUCCUCCACAGGGAGGCCAAGGGGGUGAUCAUGAGAUCGGAAAAGAUGUUGCCACACAAUAUGUUGAGGGUUGGGAUUGGAUGGCUCCCAUCAGGGAUAGGAACACUGGCAUUUGGGAUGAGKUAUCCAUCACUGUUGCUGGGCCUUUAAAAAUUGUAGAUCCUCACUUGGUUUCAUCGUUCUUUGAUGAUUACAAGAGGGUUUAUUUGCAUGCUACCACAGAGUUGGUAAACAGAAGUGAUAAGGCAGCUGAUUGUUCCUUGAAAAUUGAAGUGUCAACUACACUAGAAGGAAAUACUUGCUUGGUUGAACAUCUUCAGACAGAGCACUUGUCAGUCCCUGCUGGAUCACAUGCUCAAUAUACAUUUCCUGAGCUCUUUUUUUACAAACCAAAUUUGUGGUGGCCAAAUGGCAUGGGCAAGCAAUCCCUGUACAAUGUUGAAAUUACCGUUGAAGUUGAGGGUUAUGGAGAGUCUGAUGUGUGGAGCCACCAUUUUGGGUUCCGUAAAAUUCAAAGCGAAAUUGAUAGUGCGACGGGUGGAAGGCUGUUUAAAGUCAAUGGAGAGCCUGUAUUUAUUCGUGGUGGAAAUUGGAUUCUAUCCGAUGGUUUGCUGAGGCUUUCAAAGAAGCGUUACAAAACCGACAUCAAGUUUCAUGCAGAUAUGAACUUUAACAUGUUACGCUGUUGGGGCGGUGGAUUGGCCGAGAGACCUGAUUUUUAUCACUACUGUGACAUUUAUGGUUUGCUGGUUUGGCAAGAGUUUUGGAUCACUGGAGAUGUUGAUGGGAGAGGUGACCCUGUAUCAAACCCUGAUGGUCCACUAGAUCAUGAUCUUUUCUUGUAUUGUGCACGGGACACCGUCAAGCUUCUAAGAAAUCAUCCCAGUCUUGCUCUGUGGGUGGGAGGAAAUGAACAAGUACCACCAGAUGAUAUCAAUGAAGCUUUGACAAAUGAUCUAAAGCUUCAUCCGUUUUUUCUGAAAGCCAAUGAAAACAAUAACUCAAAGGGAGAAACAACCCCGACUUUGAUGGAUCCCAGCCAAUAUCUAGAUGGAACACGAAUUUACAUAAAAGGGUCUUUGUGGGAAGGAUUUGCUGAUGGGGAGGGGGGUUGGUCCGAUGGACCUUAUGAAAUCCAAAACCCUGAGGACUUUUUCAAAGAUGACUUCUAUAAAUAUGGGUUUAACCCUGAGGUUGGUAAUGUGGGGAUGCCUGUUGCUGCUACUAUCAGAGCAACAAUGCCUCCAGAGGGAUGGCAGAUUCCUUUAUUUAACGAGUUACCCAGUGGCUACGUACUAGAAGUUCCAAAUCCUAUAUGGGUAUACCAUAAAUACAUUCCUUACUCGAAACCAGAUAAGGUACAUGAUCAGAUACUGCUCUAUGGUGAACCAAAGGAUCUUGAUGAUUUUUGUCUUAAGGCUCAAUUAGUGAAUUAUAUUCAAUAUAGAGCGUUAUUAGAAGGAUGGACAUCGCGUAUGUGGACCAAAUACACAGGUGUUCUGAUAUGGAAAACACAAAAUCCUUGGACAGGUCUCAGAGGCCAGUUUUAUGAUCAUCUUCAUGACCAAACUGCCGGAUUUUAUGGCUGUCGCCAUGCUGCAGAACCAAUACAUGUCCAGUUAAACCUGGAAAGUUAUUUCAUAGAGGUGGUUAACACCACAUCCAGCGAACUUUCUGAUGUGGCGAUCGAGGUAUCUGUGUGGGAUCUUGAAGGAACAUGUCCUUACUAUAAAGUAUCUGAAACACUCUCCGUGCCAUCAAAGAAAACAGUACCAAUAUUUGAGAUGAAGUACCCGAAAUCCAAAAAUCCUAAAGCUGCCUACUUUCUUCUUCUCAAACUCUAUAAUGUUUCAGAUUUUCAAAUAUUAUCGCGGAACUUUUACUGGCUACAUCUUCCCGGUGGUGAUUAUAGACUGUUGGAACCCUACAGAAACAAGAAAAUACCCCUCAAGAUGACUUCUGAUAUUUCCAUCAGCGGAUCAACUUAUAACAUUCGUGCGCAGAUAAAGAACACAUCAAAGAAACCCAACCCCAAAAGUUUACUCUACAAGAACAAUUUCAUGGAAAGAAACGAUGAUGGUGAUUUUGACUUGAAAUCAUCGGAUAAAAAGAAGCAGGAAAUUGGUUUGCUACAGAAGAUCUACAGUCGUUUUUCGAAAGAAGAUAAUGAAGUUAGAGUAUCUGAAAUAAAUGGUAGUGAGGUUGGGGUUGCUUUCUUUCUUAAUUUCUCUGUUCAUGCUUCUAAGCAGGAUCAUAGAAAAGGCGAAGACACUAGAAUUCUUCCGGUUCAUUAUUCGGACAACUAUUUUUCAUUGGUUCCGGGUGAGGAGAUGGCCAUCACCAUUUCUUUUGAAGUACCUGAAGGUGUCACUCCACGGCUUUCACUUCAAGGCUGGAAUUAUGAUAGCGCACUUACUGUUCAUUAAAUGAGGUAAUGAAAUGGAGUGCAUUUGCAAUCGUGGGUGUGUUUUUGAACUCGAGUAACGACUCCGAGUGUUUUAUGCUCAGAAAAUCUUGCUGAGUCGGGUUGACACCGGAAAUUAGGACAAAUUACUACACAUUUCUGUUUGCAUUGUGUUGUUGUACCCCAGGAAAUCACUAUUGGGCCUGUGGAGUUUGGUGAAUGGAUUAAACUGUCUGUAUGGAUUAGAUAAAUUGGUGUUUUGUUGAAUAAACGGUCUGAAUGACAACCAUUUACUACA